UGCGUUUUGUCCGGCCCUGGCUGCGCCGUUGCUGAGGGGAGGAGGAGGAGGGGCCUCCAUCUUUAUCUCUUUGUUUCAAACCCUUUAAACUCGUUACUACCGUUUUCAGUUCAUGUGUUUAUCGGUGCGCUUCCGGGCGGGUAGCCCUUGGUAAGCACCGGAGGAGGUGUGAGCGGUGUCUCAGCGGACAGGGCAGGCCUCGGGCGGCGGCGGGAGGAGGCGGACACCGGGAGAAUGAAGCGGCGGAAUGCGGACUGCAGUAAACUUCGGCGCCCGUUAAAACGGAACCGAAUUACUGAUGGAAUCUACGGCAGUACCUUUCUGUAUCUGAAGUUCCUCGUUGUCUGGGCCCUUGUGUUGCUGGCGGACUUUGUACUGGAGUUUAGAUUUGAAUACCUGUGGCCUUUUUGGCUGUUCAUCAGAAGUGUAUACGACUCCUUCAGAUACCAAGGCUUGGCCUUCUCAGUAUUUUUUGUAUGUGUAGCAUUCACAUCAGAUAUAAUAUGUCUCCUAUUUAUACCAGUGCAAUGGCUAUUUUUUGCAGCAAGUACCUAUGUUUGGGUACAAUAUGUGUGGCACACAGAAAGAGGCGUGUGUUUACCUACAGUCUCACUGUGGAUACUUUUCGUUUAUAUCGAAGCAGCAAUUAGGUUUAAAGACCUGAAGAACUUUCAUGUAGAUCUAUGUCGUCCAUUCGCUGCACACUGUAUUGGAUAUCCUGUAGUCACUUUAGGCUUUGGGUUUAAAAGCUAUGUCAGUUAUAAAAUGCGGUUAAGAAAGCAGAAAGAAGUACAGAAGGAGAAUGAGUUUUAUAUGCAGCUCCUGCAGCAGGCACUACCCCCAGAGCAGCAGAUGUUACAAAGGCAAGAAAGGGAAGCAGAAGAAGCCGCCAAGGGUUUAUCUGAAAUGGAUUCUUCGAUACUGUUACAGCACAAUGGACUCUCUUCAAAUAAAAAAAUUUCCAGCACAUUGCCAGAGCUGGAGUACAAAGAAAAGGGCAAAGACAAGGAUGUGAAAAGACACAAUUUGGGGAUUAACAACAACAUCCUUCAGCCCACAGACUCUAAAGUACAGGAGAUUGAAUAUAUGGAAAAUCAUAUCAACAGUAAACGACUAAAUAAUGACUUGGGGAGUACAGAAAACCUUUUAAAGGAGGACAUGUGCACUACUUCCUCUAAGAACUACAAGAACACCACAGGGACUGCUAAUUCAUCUCCUCGGAGCCACAGCUCCUCAAAUGGGACUAUCCCUUCCUCAAUGUCCAGCAAGAAUGACAAGAAGAAAUGCACUAGUAAGAGUCCAAGCAUGCACAAAGACCCAACAGAGAACUGUAUUCCUAACAACCAGCUUAGUAAGCCUGACACGCUAGUAAGGUUGGAACAAGAUGUAAAGAAAUUAAAAGCAGACCUGCAGGGCAGCAGACAAAUUGAACAGGAUCUCCGCAGUCAGAUCAAUGUACUAACAAGCACGGAGCGGGGAAUUCGAAAUGAAAUAGGGCAGCUCAGGCAGGAAAAUGAGCUGCUGCAAAACAAAUUACAUAAUGCUGUUCAGAUGAAGCAGAAGGACAAGCAGACGAUCAGUCAGCUGGAGAAGAAGCUAAAAGCAGAGCAAGAAGCUCGAGCAUUUGUAGAGAAGCAGCUCAUGGAGGAGAAGAAGAGGAAGAAAUUAGAAGAAGCCACAGCGGCAAGAGCAGUCGCGUUUGCAGCAGCUAACAGAGGUGAAUGUACAGAAACAUUAAGAAGUCGAAUUCGAGAUCUUGAGGGUGAAUGUAAAAAGUUAUCAAUAGACAUGAAACUAAAAGAAGACCAGAUAAGGGAAAUGGAGUUAAAAGUUCAGGAGCUCCGCAAGUACAAAGAAAAUGAAAAAGAUACAGAGGUGUUAAUGUCUGCACUUUCAGCCAUGCAGGAUAAAACACAGCACUUAGAAAAUAGCCUCAGUGCAGAAACCAGAAUCAAGCUGGAUUUGUUCUCUGCACUAGGUGAUGCAAAAAGACAGCUGGAGAUUGCCCAAGGACAAAUUCUUCAGAAAGAUCAAGAAAUCAAAGACCUCAAACAGAAGAUUGCAGAAGUAAUGGCUGUGAUGCCCAGCAUUGCAUACUCUGCAGGGACAAGUACCCUAAGCCCAGUUUCCCCACACUACUCUUCCAAGUUCGUGGAGACUAGCUCAUCUGGGUUGGACCCCAAUGCAUCAGUUUACCAGCCACUGAAGAAAUAAAUGCCAGCUGCCAUCAGCCCACCCAAUCCCCCAUCCCUCCCCCACAAAUUUUGUCUGACUGGAGUCAACAUGCAAAAGCAUCUGUUGCAAUUAAAGAUGGAAUUGUAUUACAAGAACUGUAUUUGUGUUAACUUAAAAUGAAAGAAAAAAAAAAAAAAGCUGACGGCACCAUGUUGCAAUAGGAUGAGCGCAGUGUUUUUUUUCAUUUGGUCUUUUUUUUAAAAUAAACCUCACAGAAUUUUGCAGUUCA